CCACGGCCGAGGGAAGCUCGCAGCUCGGGGACACGCGUCUGCUGCACGGACGGCGGAAACGGGCCGCACAGCCUUGUCCAGCCCAGAGAAACUGACGAACAGACACAGCGGAACCGGUUCGGUUCGAUCUGAUACGGUUCUCAGUUGGCUUUCAUCUCGACAACGGGUUACGAAUGUGUGCUAAACAAAAAACCGAGUGUUCAAGCUAUAAAAGUAAGUAGAGAGCUUGCGCAGUCUUUGGCCGGGGAGACAAAUGGUACUCCUCACAACAGAAGUUCAUAGGAACGGCUAACUGGGCAAAGACCAUCGUUGUCAACGACGGGUAACAGGCAUGUGCCCGCAUUUGAUGUCGGGUCGAGUGUCAUUUCAUCGCGAAAACACUAUCAAUAGGAUAUCUAAGAUGAGAAUUAUUGACGCCCAUGUGUCCUAAUCACGAGGGAAAGGAACUGUGGAUAUUUUCAGACUGCGCGCAUUAGAUCGGCGGAGAAUUUCGGAGUACGCCGGUCAGAAAGGAAUGUGAAAGCGUUGCUUUUACUCACGGAACGAUAUUUGUCAGGGGGCGCGAGAUACCUGUUAGCGACGCUGGCCCGCCCCAGGUUAACUAUGAUUUGACAUAUCGCCAAUGUAGUUUUUUGUGGGUGGAAGGAGAACGAUAGCCAGAAGUGUGAAGACUGGCGAUUGACUAGAAAAAAGUGACGAGCGACGAUUGAUUACUGUGUUUCAUAGUGUAAUAAUAAUAAAGGUGACGCGAAGGAGGAUGUGAAGGGACAGGUGUGACAAAUACAAGUGUAACAUAGGUAAUGACUGUGGCAAUGUCGAGAUGCCAUUGAGCAGUGGAUUCUUGAUUCUGCUCCAAUUUAUAAGUAGGUAUGCAAGUAAUGAAAUGAAAAAAAAUGCUCGAUAGCAGCUAUGGAUUGACGUUGUGCCGAAAGGACGUGGCAUACAAGCCCUGUCUGUCGUAGGCAGGGUUCUAUACUACGACGAGUGGAAGAACUUCGUCAAUUUCUUCCUAAGACAGUGAAUAUCUUGACCUGUUCCUGGUGUACGCCUAUGGCCAGCAUGCGCAUAAAUGAAAGUUGACAAGAAGAAGGCACGCGUCUAACAUAACUUUCGUGGUAACAUUUGGUUAUACCGGCGCCGUUGGAAACGAAAGUUGCACAUAAAUCUUCCCGCAGAAAACCUGCACGAGUCAUAAUGGAAAGCCGAAUAGAUCCUGGCGACAGGAUCACAUCACGAAGAAAACAGCCCAACCCGAAGCCUAUCAAAGCGACCCAAGAUGUGCAAAUGGACGAGGAACUUGCGCGCUUGGCCGAAGUUCUUCGGCUGCCACAAGACGUUCUGAGAUUGACCGACGGAAGCAGAACUCGGCAGUCACAUGAGCAGGCAGAUCCAACGGGGCUUUCGGGGGCUGGCGUGUGCCUCAUGUGUCGCAUAGGCCUAGAGCGAGGAACUCUGUUUGGUCCCUUCAGAGCGUCACUUCGAUCCGUCGGUUCAAGCGAGAACAACAACAAGAGAAAAAAAAGCAUAAGCCGGAAUGAUGCUGCUAGUCCAGAGCAAUCGAUUUCGGCAGAGCUCUCCUGUGAUAUUGAGGUUAUGGUUUCCGGCGCAUUGAGUGUUCUUAGUCUCGAAGAUGAAGCGGGUGCCUGGUUAAAAUGUAUCCGUCUACGUUCUGAAACUGAUGAGCAGAAUAGUACUACUUUACGCGAAUCAAAGAAGCGUCAACAGGACGACUCAACAGCCCCUGAAAACGUAACGGGCUGCGGAACUAGUACCAACGCCAGCUAUCCUGGCGCCAACUGCCUAAUCCUGUAUCAAGAGGGCGAAGUAUGCCUAACAUUAACCGCUGAUGUGGCGCCAAAUGAACCUCUUGUUGCCGAGUUUCGGGUAGCAUUCAGCGAUGCGCCCAUUAAGCUUGAGACGCAACCGGCCGACGUUGACGUUGCGUAUACGCAAGAUCUCGUAGACGAGUCUCACCCGUCUAACGGAGAAGACACUGACUUGAAGAUGCAGGAUGCUGUUAAUAUCAAAAGUUCACCAGCCAGUUCGCCACGAGCUCCUCGGUCACCAGAGUGCGUUCUUCGGGUAACUGGCGAUACGGCAGCUUUAGCCGCAGUCUCGAUGGCCACCGCAGCCCCAGCGACUGGGCCUGUCUCUUCGGCAGGACCUGUUACGGUUAGCACGGCCUCAAAGAUCGAACCGCUGCCACCACCCUCCGUAGGCGUUGCAGAAAAACCAGCUGCGUUUCGAUGCACAAACUGCGGCAUUAGUUUCCAGAAUCACCGUAAUUUGGCCGCACAUACAGCGUACUAUUGCACUCAGCGCUUUCAAAAGGCCCACACGCCACAAGAUUCAAUAGUAGCUGCGACAAGCACAUCUUCAACGACGACGUCGGAUUCGCCUUCGCCUAUUGUCGCGUCUUCCCCAAAUACCAGAAGGCAGAACGGGGCAAGCGAGAAGUCCGAUUGUGCCAUUAAGAAUUCUGUCACUGCCGUCGACCGAAAAUUAUCUAUUUCGUCCUCUCUUGGGGUAGUGUCAUCGGUGAGCCCUCCAUUAUCGACCGAGAUGAUCGUCUCGUGUCCGGAAAGUCCCGCACUAGCUCACACUGCUAUUGGCGGUAAUAGCCAAAAGCGUUCGUUAAGUCCCGAUUCAUCAGGAGCCGAUGAGAGGCCGGUGUCUAAAAGCCCUCGUCUGAGCACCGGUUCGGCUGGCUGCGCCGAGCGGGUCUUCGCCUGCCCCCAUUGCACGUACACGACCGAUCGGAAGGGCAGCCUGACGCGACAUCUCCGAGUUCACGUUCUCUCACCGGAAGACGCUGUUGCCCCGCCUAUAGCGACGCCCGCCGCUGCACGCUAUUGCGCCGAUUGCGACAUACAGUUUUCGUCGUUCAAAACGUACACCGUUCACAAGCAGUUCUACUGUAAUACUCGUGCUGUGCAGAAGCAGCAGCAGCAGCAGCAGCAACAACACCAGCAACAGCAGCAGACGUCAGCGGUUGGUGUGGGCAGCGUCCCUUCGCCGGGACUGAGUGCGAGUACGUCUCCAGCAGGUGUCCCGACUGGGUUACCGUCGGCACCUGUUACGGUGGGAAGCGGCGGCCCGGUUCUUCCGCAGGCACUUUGCGCUAGUGCCAGCAGCGGCUCCAAAACACCCGUGGGGGCUCUCCCUUCUGCAUCUGCUAUGAGCGCAGUAAAUGUUCUCGGUGCAGGUGCGCCGAUGGUUGGGGCAUCGCAGCUGGCGAACCAGCCAUUAUUCGCUGCUAUUUCAACAAAUCCUUUAGUCUUAGUUCCGUGCGCUUUUGUGCCCGGCUCCGGUCUGGUGCCCGUGCAGGCCGGGACGACGGAGUGUGCGCCGAUUCUGUCGCCAGGUGGCGCUUCAGGAGGUACACUCUCGCCUCGUCCUGCGUCCGCCCGUGACGCCGAAGAAAUCGCCAGUGAAAGCAUCUUGCCAGACCGAGCAACGACAACGACCCCACGUGACAGUGAUCAGGAGUCGGUGGCCACAGCGACGUCGUCUUCCGCUGAUCUCAAGGAUGCGUUGGGAGGAGUAGCUAGUAGGAAAGGCGGGGAGGUUGCCAGCGCCACGGCGCCUCUUGAUCUGUCAACAACCCCCAAAAAGGAAAACUCUAGAGACGACACAAAUACCCUGGGUAGCAAGCGAGGCACUCCAGUCAGCCAGGAUAUUGAUCUCGCUGCAGAUCUAUCAAACAGCUCCGCCAACUUAAAGCAGGCGUUGAUACGUUGUAGUGAAUGCGGCAUCUCGUUUCAUAAACCUGAAAGCCUAGCUGCUCACAGAAAGCACUAUUGUGUGGGUAGGCCUCACGUGAAGGCUCGCAACCGCAAGUGCUCUGAAGUUGUACCAGAAGAGGUUGCUAGGCCAUCGGCUCGCGAGUGCGGGACUGCGCCUGUGUUACAAACGGCACAGGCAGUGACCCAACAGCAGGCUGUAGUUUUAUCAAGCGGACAGCGAAGUCCUUCGCCGCAGACAGCUUCAUCCGGCGAAGGACGACUUUCCGCCAGUUCCACACCGGCGACGACGGCAACACCUUGUGCUCCUGGAACGCCUCAGACACAGGGACAACCUUCUUCAAUUCUCACGUCUGCUCCAGCAACUGCUCCUCAGCCGGUGUUUCAGUUCUACUGUAUAGCAUGCGGUAUCAAGUUCACCAGCCUGAACAACCUUCAGGCUCAUCAGACGUACUAUUGUCCUAAGCGUGAGCUCCUGCAGGCCAACUCGGUACGGGUUGGGGUUCUCUCACGUCCGGUAGCCGAACUUGAGUGUCCCCGCUGUCGUUUGGCGUUUCCCGGAGAGGAGCCCCUCCGCUCGCACGCCUGCAGCGCACGCAAGUGCCCCUACUGCGACGUCUAUUGCGCGUCACAUUCGGCAGCUCAGCGCCACCUGGCAACACAUGCCGGCAUUAAAGCGUUCAAGUGUACCUUAUGCGGCUACAAAGGCCAUACGUUACGUGGGAUGCGGACCCAUGUUCGAGUACACGUUGACAAAGGAGCGCUGGUCCAUGAGGAGAAGUUCAUUGUUUGCGUCGGUGAGAACGGUGAGCCCAUCCCGCCGCCACCUUCCGGCGCUAACAUUGUCCACUUCCUUGCUGCCAAAAGCCCGGCGCUGGACAGCAGCGGCGACAGUACGAUGAAAGGUGAGCGCUCGGAGCGUAGCGGCUCGAUUAGUAAGGUCGAACGGGAAGAUCAGGCGUCACGCGAUGCGCGCGAAGAUGCGGUUGCCGCGGCCACCGCUGCAGUUUCGGCUUCGGCGACGCUUGUAAAUGCUCUGACACUAGGCCCGGUAGCAUCAAUCACGGGCCCCGUCGUUGGUUUAGGCAGUAGCACGAGUUCGGGUAGCAGCCGACCGUCUUCAGCGGAAAGUCGCGAACCAGCAGGCGGCGGCAGCAGCAGGACGGCGGAGAAUAGGGAAGCUCGGCAGGGCGGGCCCGGCUCACCGUCGCCAAGAGACUCGGUUCGGACAGAGGUGGCCAAUAAGGAGGCCUUGUCGUCGUCUGCUGGAUGUCAGCCUGUCAGCCAGAGCAGUGGUCCGGAUUCACCAGCCAAGCCUGAAAUGCAUCACUGGUGCAACUUCUGCGGCUAUUCAUCGAGCUACAAAGGAAACGUUGUUCGUCACAUUAAGCUUAUUCAUCGCGACGUGCUAGCCAAUGGGCUUGCUCCCGGCCAAAUGGGAUCGGUUGCUGGUCAGCCAGCGUCUGUGUCAAGUCUGCCUUCAGCUGUACUGGCAACCAACUUUUCAGGACUUCCAGCACAAGCUGCGUUGGCGGCCGCUGCUGCCGCCCAGCUUUCAGCUGCUCAACUCUCGGCAAUGAACGAACUGUUGUCAUUGCGCAACAACAACGAACUGGUUAAACGUCUUCGGUCGACCGAUAGCGACGACGAAAACGCCUCAGCAUCGAACGGCGAUAGUGGCCUGAAGGAGUCGACAAGCCGGGUCGAUAGUCCAGUGGUCACUUUAGAAGCCAGCGCCUCCUGCAUUAGAGCGAGAGAAAAAACGUCACCCGUUAUUGACUCUGGCGAAGCGGGAAAUAGCGAUCGACGCUGCGAUGAGUGCGACAUAUCAUUCAAUUACGCCUCAUCGUACUUAGCCCACAAAAAAUUCUAUUGUAAAGCGGCUUCCUCCGACAAUGUUGAUUCGCCCUCUGGCGAUGCAUCCCGCUCGGAGACUCCGGUUGCGCAAGGUCCAUCCGCUCCGUGUCAGACCGCUUCGGUUUAGAGAUUAGGCGACGGAAAUGACAAAUAUGAAAUUGAUCAGAUCAACUAGAAACAUCGACUGUUUUGCUUUGAGACACUUUCGACAGACACAAACGGACAGAUAGUCAUAACAUUAUAGUAUGUUGAUUCUACAAAGACAUUAGGAACGACAACAGUAUGAGUAGUCGACCUCUUUUCUGCCUCGCUGUUCUGUAUUACAAAGUGUGUAAAACAUAGCGGGCGCGGCCAACGACAACGCUCGCAGGCCGGCUCAAUUUUCAUUCAACCAGCAGUUGCAUUUGCGGAAAGGAAAGGCAGCUCCUUCAAAACGCAUCCAUGCUUAAGCGAUCAACUACCACGUAGGUGUUAGGCAUCAUCAAACACAUCCCGCCUUCCCUCGUCCCCUUUUUGCUCCAAAACGUGUACAAAAAGAAAUAAGUGGAUAAGUCUACACAAUCUCCAGCCACCCCCACCCGUGUAAAUAAUUCAUUCCUGUCAUGUAAGCCCGCAAACAUCUAGCACAUGGGUAUACACAUAAAACGCAUCUAGGAAGUCAUGCUUCGUACGACGCGCAGUCAUGAGAGUGACAAAACAACAACUGUGUAUAACUUCACGCUCUACAACCUCAAAUCUAAAGCAGCCAACGAAGCAUCAAUGUCAGUCAUUUUGCUUUGCUCUGCCUGGCUACACAACCGAAAAACGAAGGUGCAAAGACUGAAAUCAGUGGGCGCCCGCGCGAAGUGGCUACAAAUGGAGCGAAGGAAAGAAAUUAUUAUAUAUAGGUAGUUGUAUGAGAGAUGAAGUGCAAUCGAAUCAAGUUGUUUAUGUUUUAUUUAUAUGUCGCCAAUAUAAACACAAUAGCUACAUGCAUUAAUUAGUUGGAGGUAGUUUUUUCUGAUUAUUAGGGCAACCGCUUAGAGGGUGACGGGGCUAAUUAUCAAUCGUCAGGCAAAAAACAGAAGCCGACAACGAGAAAUCUAGCCCCCCUGUUUCUUGCUUAUCCUACGAAUUUUUCCUGUACAUUUCAGUAGUCACAGUACAUAAUUAUAAAUACGAUUACCUAUAUUUACAUCUGUAUAUACAUCUAUCAUAUAUAUACAUAUACACACGCUGACAGACAUGAGAGGAGAUACAUGAAUGCGUAAACAGAAAGAGACAUUGGGAAGCGAAGCGUUCCGCCUGCCAUCGUCAACUUGUUUGUUUUUGUGAGCGUUGUUUUUAGUUGGUUCGGUUAUUGUAAAUGGUGUUCGUUUAUUCAAUAGUGUUUUCUUGAAUUCUGAUUCUGCAACCAGAUUAGCAUAAAUAAAAGCAGACUGUUAUCGAAUAAAGAUUGUCAACCCUGCAUUUUUCGAGCGGCUGCCAGCAUGACACAUUGUGUCUGAUCGGCGAUGCUGUACAGAAACGUAUUACUGCUUGAGCACCGUUAGUUAGACCGCUCAUACCGUACUUUCAAAGAACACUACCCUGACAAUGUGUGUGAUAUUAUUUAUUACGUUACCACUUGAACAUUUUUCGUCGUGUUUAUCCAACACACAGCAGUCGACUGCAAUUUUAGGUUGCCCGCCCGCCGUGUCGUUGAAGCAGUCUUCUCCAGGGUAAGGAGCCUCUAUCCCGACAAGCGUUAUUACCUCUUUGAGCGCCGCCCACUUUUGCCUCAGUUUCGGCCUUCGACAGCGCCUUCUCCACUAACCGCUAGGUCACUGCAAUUUUCAACCUGUCUGCCUGCCUGCCUGCCAACUCUACAUGUAUCGAAUGGUCAACGUUUUACCUUGUCGUUAGCGGAUAAUUCAUUGUCGUAAUGGCGACCCGCCUCUAGCUACUAGCUGCACUCCUCGACAGCGAAGCUGACCAUUUUUCACUAUAGACAGAUAAACAAACGAAGUACUAGCAUUCUUAAUCACUAACUAUAUACGACGAAGAAAUGGCGGUGUUAAAGUGGCCAAUGAAUUAUAACAAAUAUGAUGAUGUUGAUAGAGUUAAGCGACAGAGUACUAAGUGGGCAUCCGUGCAUGGGUACACUCAUCGUUUAGUAUCGAUUAGACACGAGUAUGGCUGUUCUUAUUAUUUCCGUGAUCGAAGUCUGCGGCUGGUGCCCACACACUGAUGCUACAUAGCCAUAGUGAUACGAUUAUAUAACAUUGUCAUUGUAUUUAACUAUACGAGAGGUCGCGUCUGCAUAGCAUUGCAACAUAGUGCGAACUACACAAGUGACGAGAAGUACAUCGCCAUAUUAAUGGCGGCAUUGAAAACAGGCGAAACGGAAAGGGCAAGGUAAAGCGAGAAAGGGGCAGAUCGACGAUGUAGAAACGUGAAGGCUAACACAAUGACAAAUGAGUGAACAAUUUCUAUAGUCUAUGGAGCUAUUAGUGAAUGGACGUAAUGCGGCGUUACGCCUACAAAUGAGAUCUCGCAAAACCUGCAAUAAUUUAAUGGUCACUCAACUCAAGCGGAAAGCAAAUGAUGAAGACGCAAAAAAUAGAGUAAAAACCAAAAUAUUAAUGAAUCUAGUCGAUGCCAAACGGUCGUGUCUAUAAAUAUCCACGAUGCAAAUGGGGAUAUUCAGUGCAAACAGAAAGACAUGCCCAGAUGACAUAAGGAACGCGAUCGUGUUGGAUAUUAUUAAUUAUACUGAACAAUAUAGUUUAGCGUAUGUACCACGAUGUUCAAUGAAAAAUGGUAGCGAAGUGCGGACCGAUGACAAUGUCAUAUACAACAGGUACGAUACGACGAUUAAAGAGCUAUCUAUAGUAAUAUAAGUACGACGAGUGCAACAAAUAAAUUGUGUCAUAAUUCAA